AUUUCAUCAGCACAUUUCCACAAACAUCUCGUUAUCUCUAAUGAUGAGACUGACAAUAUGAAUUUACAAAGAAUCUACGGGCAUUCCGACACUAGCAGGUCUUGAUGCAGGCGCCCCAGACCGACCAUGGUCAUUCGUUUGGUCAUUUAGUGCACAUUCAAAGCGGGACUAGUUGCACAAUUAUCCUCAAAAACGCUUAGGUGACUUGCCUGGGAUCGUCUCCGUGUUAAUGCUUCCUGAUUCAAAGAAAGCGAAGAAUAUGGGGCUUGCCAUCCACAUACAUUGAGAAGCACAACGAAGAUCAAGUAAGAUAUGGAAGCUAUAUGGCUGUACCAGUUCAGACUGAUUGUCAUUGGCGACUCGACAGUGGGGAAGUCUUGUUUGAUCAGACGCUUCACAGAAGGACGUUUUGCACAGGUGUCUGACCCGACUGUUGGCGUGGAUUUCUUCUCCCGGCUGGUGGAGAUUGAACCUGGCAAGCGCAUCAAGCUUCAGAUCUGGGACACAGCAGGCCAGGAGAGGUUCAGAUCUAUCACAAGGGCUUAUUAUCGCAAUUCAGUGGGUGGCCUUUUGCUUUUCGACAUCACCAACCGGCGCUCCUUCCAGAAUGUGCACGAGUGGCUGGAGGAGGCGCGCAGUCACGUACAGCCGCACAGCAUUGUCUUCAUCCUGGUGGGACACAAGUGCGACCUGGAGCAGCAGAGGCAGGUCAGCCAGCAGGAGGCCGAAAAGCUGGCAGCCGCUUACGGCAUGCGCUACGUGGAGACCUCUGCCCGCGACGCCAUAAACGUGGAGAAGGCCUUCACCGAGCUCACACGCGACAUCUUCGAGCUGGUCAAAUGUGGGGAUAUUACCAUUCAGGAGGGCUGGGAGGGGGUCAAGAGCGGCUUCGUGCCCAAUGUGGUGCAUUCGUCCGAGGAGGUGACCAAGAGUGACCGCCGCUGCCUCUGUUGAUCACCAGACUCUCGUUUCACCAUACUUCACUGCAACUCCUUCUCCCUCCCACUAUCGCCAUGCCCACAUAUACUCUCCAACCUCUCAACCAGUGUCUCCUGCUUCCAUAGUUACUUUAAACACACUUCCUGUUCGCUGAAAUAGAUUGAGCUGCAAACUUUAGUAUACCUGGAGAACUCACUGAAGCUUUGAUUAGUCUGGAGGACUGAGUUGUGGGAAAGGUCGGAGUGAACGAUUGCAGGAACACAACGAUCCUUUGUUUACACAAAAUGUUCAGGCAGUGAUUUCAGAACAUGAGAAGAUCAAGGCAAAUGUCACACCGGACUGAAUAGCCCUUUAUGUGUUCACUAAAGUUAGCCUUUUAAAAUGA